UCCAAAUAUGGUGCGUCAUUACUUAUUGAGAUUCUGUUACACAUUUUUGGCCUUCAAGAAGCCACAAUGACCAGAUGUCACUUGUGGGGUUGUUGUGUCACUCGUCAAUCUUUACUCAUACAGAGCACAUUGCAUGCAUUAUGCUUGACAUGUAAUGUAAAGAGAAGUAAACCCAUCAUGGUGGUUGGUCUUCAUGGACGAUACAUGACAAAGUUCAUAGUCAAUGCUUAUGUAAAUUAGAUCUAUACACAUUACACUGUAUUAGUUUUGUAUAUUUUACAUAUGCUUCCUCGAAUUGUUUUUUUUGUUUCUGUGACUAUUGACCUUCUGUCAUAACUACUUGGGACAAUGUCCUUUUGAAAUAUUUGGUGAUUUCCUACCAGCUCUUUAUAUCACUAACACUUUCAAUGCCACACUUGUACACAAUGGAUUGCACUUCCUCAUGCUCAUAGUGAAAUAGCCCACUCCCAACUUCCUGGAUUUUUAACCACAUGCAAGGACAAGUAAUUAGACGGUGACUCUGGCGUGUGGCCUACUGUGCGUAGUCUAUUCUUUAUCAUCAUUUAACUGCUGAUGACACAGGCCAAUUCUGUGAACUGUUUUUUUUUCGGUCAAUAUGACUGGUAAUUCACAGUGUUAGUGAAAUAGGCAGUUUAUUAUCAACUGCUAACUGGAUUGUAUCUUGCUCCUGAAUGCAAUUGAAACACACUGUAUUCAGUCAGCUUAUGGUGGAGUGACUACACAGGACAUCAGUGACUUGUUGAUGGCAGGCAAGUACAUGUACAUUUAGAUAAGUGACGCACUGAAUACUGCAGGACCAUCGUUUAUCUAACUAUGAUCUAACCUCUGUGAUCAAUCAUGCUUUUCAUUCUGGCAGGUGUCACAGUAAUGAAUGUAUCACCAAAGAAAAGACACUGGCACCUCCUCCAUGCAACUAAAAAGAAUACAAAUGACAGAGAUGUGAAAGAUGUUUGUAUGUAAUAGCCACCCAAGCUAUCAAUAUGUGCAUCUCAGGCCCUAACACCACCAAUUUCACUGUAGAGGCAUCAGACGAUAUCUUCAUGGACAUCCUUAGUGUAUGUAUUUGGACAUUAACCACAUUACUCAUCCUGUUUCUCAACUCCAUGUGCCUUAUCCUGCUCCACAAAGUGAAGGGUUUCAGUGAGGCAACCAUUGUUUUCUUAAAGUCCAUGACCAUAGGUGAUCUGAUCCUGGGCUUGUGUUUCUACUUGCCAACAGUUGGAGUUUUCCUCAAUGAUAGGAGGUGGCCAUAUGGCAAUAUCUGCUGUUAUAUCCAGGCAUGGGUGAUAAGAACAGUAUUACCGUUGAGUGGUGCAUCUGUGCUGCUUGUCACUAUUGAUCGAUACAUUGCCAUUGUGUAUCCAAUGCAAUAUGAGACAUGGUUAUCACUAAGGAGGGCACGAAUCAUCACAUGCAGUGUCUGGACAAUAGCAAACUUCUAUGGUCUUCUUACAUCAAUUUUAGCAAACUGGAUGCAGUGCUUCAGUCAACACUAUCUUAUCUGCACUAUUGGAGAGUUCAACCACAGCAAAGCCGUGAUAACACUGAUUGUGAUAGGAGUGGGGACUUUCCUUGUAAUAACAGUCAUGUAUAUCAGGAUUCUACUGAUUGCACAGAAACAUGCCUCCCAAAUUGCUAAGCAUCGUCCCAGUGUCACCAGCAUGGCCAGUGCCACUGAUGUGCCCUCUCCUUCUCCCAACAGAAAAUCUUUCACAACUGUCUUUAUUAUAACGAUGACUCUACUCAUUGGUUGGUUACCGUCAGUCAUCUUGGGACUGAUCAAUGUUGAAACACCAUCAAUACCACUUGUUAUUGCCACUCAGAUACCACUAGCAUCAGUAAGCUGGUUAAAUGUGAUUGUGUAUUACACACGCAAUCAAGCCUUCCAGGAAGCUGCCCAAGAACUUCAUUUACAAUUAAUACAAUACUGUAAAGGAUGCUGCAAACAGUAAUUGUCUCAUUGAAGGCACAUAAGCCUUGUGUAGUUAGAUGACUACAUAAUCCCAGCAAUCAUGAUUCCUCUACCUGGCAGAUCUGCUUAAGUAGUUAGUUAGUUUGCCACCAAGUCAAUGAGUCACACCUAGUGUUAUAAAAUUGGCAUGGGUAAUUCCCAACAAGUUACAUUUAGUUUUUGUACAGGCAUCAGUGACUUGAAAAUUAACACUAUUGUAGUGGGAUUCUCAGAUGACAUUCAAGUUCUAGUAAUAAAUCAUUUGAAUGCUAACCUAGAUAUCCCAUCCAUCAACUGUUUGUAUCAAAUGACCUUUUGAAUUCACUGUCACUGCAAAUGUAAUUACCUGAAACAUCAUACCAGACCUUUAUCAAGUAGCCUUGGCCCUAGUUAUGCAAUUGGUAGAGAUAGUAUGAUAAGAAGCUCAUAUGUAUGUUGACAAAGUUCAUUUGUAAAUUUGCAUUUAAGUUCAAUCUUAAAAGAUUACUAUUGACAAAGUAGUUAUCUGAUUCUGAGGAAUCUGAGAUCUGCAAAUACCUGCUCUUUAGGCAGUAUAAAGUGGGCAUGUGUACAUGUACAUGUUGAUUUGAAGAAACUGUAGACAAUAUGGUAUUGAAGUUUGGCAAGGUGUACGCCUUACAACACAUUUGAACACAAGCUUGACUGUACACAGCAACAUGGCAGUAGGCUCAGAAAUUAUGCAAGGUAUAAAAUGGCUAUUCAACAUGUAUCCCUCAUCAGCAAUUCGGAACUAAAACUAAGUUACUCUUAUCCAAACCAAAUAUCCUACAAGCCUCUAUACAAACCUCUUCAAAAUAUCAACAUUUACUAUGUUGUGCUGUGUUUGUGAGUUUCAAGUAUACCGUUCUUCAGGCUAAGGUAACCCAAAUAUUUCUAAAUUAAAUUUUUUAAAUCAAUUCUGCCAAUGACCAAUUGUAACAAAUAAAUAAAAGGUUCUUGGGAA